CCUGAGAUUUUUAGAGAUAUCAAGGGUUAGGAGGGAAAUCAUGUGAUUUGGAGAGGAAUAAAUAGAAUUGAAGAUCUUAUUUAAAGUAGGGAUAUGUAAUAAUUUGGAAUGAUAAAUUCUGAUAGAAAACCAUUUGAGAAAUAUAAGAUGUUGGUCAUUAAGAGGAAAAUCGUAGGAUCCUGAAUAUUAAUAAUGAUAUAUUAGUUAUAGAUUCAAGUGUUUUGAAGUUUAAUAGGGUAUUUUGAAGUUUUAUAGGGCAUAUGAAAAGUAACAGAGAUAUAGAAGCGCAAUAUGAAGAGAAAUAUCGACAAUGUUAAAAGGUAAUAUAGAGUUCAGAAAUUUUAGAGAUAUAAUAGAUUUCGAAAGAUGAAGAGGGCUGUUAUAAAAUUAAGAACUAUGGAAUUUGAGGGAAAAUGAGGGGAUUACACGAGAUUAGUAGUGAUAUCGGAUAUUUUGACUUAAAUCUUGGCUUAAAAGAUUAAGGGGAUUUUGUCCCUUAAAGAAUUGUUUAGAGAUAUCGAAGAGAUAGGAGUAUUUUAUUAAGAUAAUUAAAAAGGGUAGCAGAGUAUUUUUGGACUAAAAAGUAAUAUCUAACUGGAAUUUUUGGGAAAAAUGUGAUAGCUGAAAGUGAGUGUGAUCAAGUGAGAUAUUGUAUUUGGAAAAGAGAUUUCAAGUUGUUAAGGGAUAUUGAUAAGAGAGAAAUCUGAGGACUUUGAGGAUAACGGCUGAUAUAUGUGAACUGGUGUGAUUAAAAGGGAUUUAAUAGAUUUUGAGGGCUAUAGUGUGAUUCUGAGAUUUUGGGCUUAUUACGAGUAGUAACAGAGAUUUGGCAAAUAAAGAGGGAUUUUGGGAUUUGGUUGAGAUUAAGAGAGAUAAGAGUGGAUCUAGGGAGUUCGAUGGAUAAAAAGUCAUAUCUGGGAUUGAGUGUGAUAAAUGACGUGAUAAAAAUUUGCAAUGUUGAUCAAGAUAAUGCGGAAAAGGAUUUUGGGGAUAAACGCGAUAUCCUUGAUUUUGGGGUGGUUAAGAGGGAUAUCAGAGCAACUUAG